GCUGUAAUAAGCUUGGGAAAAUACAAAGAUCACGGAAGUAAAAGUACAACUCUUGCAUUUUAUGAACGUGUUGUAAGCAACAUAAACAAUCGAAUUAAUUUGGUUGCUGAUUCUGGAAAAUUUGACAUGCCUAUCGGAAAUCUUGAGAAUUUUAAAUACGGAGAAAGCACAUUCACGUGCAAUGAUGGGGAAUCCUUUGUGUACAGCACGAUGUCCUGUGCUGGCUGUGGCCCUGGGUUUACCUACAACAACUCAACAAAAAAAUGUGACACCUGCCCUCAAGGGACUUACCAGGACCAGGACAUAUCUUUCACGUGCACUAAAUGUCCGGACGGUACAACAACCAGAAAAAAUAUGUCUACAUCUAUAACUGAUUGUCAGGAUCUUUGCUUACCGGGUUCUGUUUCAAACACUGGAUUCCAAAACUGCACGCCCUGUCCAGUAGGCAAAUUUGCAUCCCAAUAUGGCAUGAAGGAAUGCCAACUUUGUCCUUACGGAAUGUCAACAAUGACUCCAGGCGCAUCGUCCAUUCAAAUUUGUCUAUUUACCGAUUUUAGAAUAAAUGAAAAUACUUCUAGACCAGCGAUUCAAAUUUCUGACGCAGUUCCGAAAAAAUUCACUUUUAUGGCUUGGAUCUCAGAAGUUUCGUCCUUUCAGACGUCGACAUUUAUAUUUUCUAUACAAUCACCAUCUGACAACUCAGCUGCUUUGGUUUUAGACACAAUCAGUCUACACAUAGAGCGUAAUGCCGAUGUAACUCUCAGAAAACUUAGAAAAUGGAAUCACGUUGCUUUGGUAUACACGUCACCAAAUGUCACGCUGCUUGUCAAUGGUCAGCAUGUGGAAACUCUAAAUGUCCUCCCUGUGUCCGAGUUACACACAAAAGAUAUUUUUUUCAGAAGCUCAUCAAGUAUCAAAUCAAUAUUGGUAAGCGGAAUGCAAAUGACGAGAACAACCUACACAGAAUCCCAGAUUAAAGCGUUCAGCAGUUCAUGUAGCCGACAGGUAGACAAACACGAGCUAGCGUACAAGCCAUGGGAAAUCUUAGUAACCUCUCAAAUAACUUGCAAUGAUAAAGACUUAUGUACUGAUGAGCCGUGUGGACCGUAUGGUGUUUGCGUGUCUGGUACCGAUACACUGACGUGUAUAUGUGAUGACCCAUGGAAAGGAGAUCGAUGUGAAAUCGCCCCCGAUUAUUGCGUUGGUCAUCAUUGUGCUAAAGGAUCAACUUGCCUAAAUCAGCCACAUGAUAAAGGCUACUCCUGUUUGUGUCCAAAUUUCUAUAAAGGUGCUUUGUGCAAUGAGCCACACUUUCAUGGCGGCUUUGGUGCUUGGGAAGAGUGGAGUGGUUGUAGCAGUAGCUGUGGAGGGGGUGUGUCAACCAGGCGUCGCAGUUGUGACAACCCUUUCCCUGCCCACGGUGGAAAUAUGUGCAAUGAGACACUUGCAGAGGAAACAAAGCAGUGCAACACACAGGAGUGCCCUGUUUGUAAGCUACCAGAUCUUCGAGAGGGUCAGACAAAAUGGAACUGUUCUACAGACGAGGCUGGCCUGCAGACGUGUAAUAUUGUAUGCUCCCCCGGGCUUGUCCUGAUGCCGACAACCUACAACAUAUUCCAGUGUGGACCAGUCACCAACUACACCUGGUCGCAACAAACACCAGAUAAUCCUGUUGGUUUAACGCCAUCAUGCUCAGAUCAGAAAACUCCCGAGUCAAUAUCUAGUGUGAUUACAACAACAUUUGAUGUGGAUUGUAGCCAAGAGUCAUUGACUCUUGGUAUACGUAAUCAUGUACAUGAACAACUAACACGUGAUGAGUGUUUCAGCAAAAACAACUGUUUUCAUACAGUCGACACACAUUCAUCUUGUAGAACAAGCAGAAAGAGAUCUAUAGGUACUAUGGUACUGAACGUCAGCCUAAAUUCAGUUGGUAAUGAUACUGAUUCAGCGUAUUUCGGAGGCCUAAAAGAGGAAGAUAUAGCAGCCCAAAGAAUGAAAGUUCUAAGUUUUGAAAAAGUUGUCGAAGAUAUCUUUACAAAGAAUGAGACUAUUUUCACGGCCACAGUGGAUGGUGUGACGUAUAGGGGCCAAAUACAAAGCGUGGAGGCGAGGUUCAUCUGCCAGCCGGGGUCAGGAUUUGUUGGCGGGAUGUGUGUCGAUUGUCCAGCUGGAACCUACUCACCUGGAAAUGGGUCAUGCUUAUAUUGUGAAAAGGGAUUUUACCAAGAUAAAGCUAAUUCCGCAGUUUGCAAAAAGUGUCCUACAGGCACAACUACUUCAGGAAGGGGAUCUUAUUCUUUAAACCACUGUACUACAAACCCUUUGACGUAUUUGGAUGUUUACCCUUACCAAUUCUAUCCUUCCCCAAAUAAAGAGACGCCGAACAAACAGCACCCAAAUCAUAAGGAUGAUGGCGUGAGUACAACAAUCGUUAUUGCUGCUGUCACCAGCAGUGUGACAUUCCUGCUUAUGCUGGGUGUUGUUGUUUUCAUCCUAAUCAAAAAAUAUGGCCAGUCUAUCUCCAAAACAGCUCCUGAAGGUUAUAUAGACCUACAUGUUUCAUCGGUCGAAGGAACGAAAUGAAAUCUCCAAUUUUAUUUAUUUAAUCAACUUCAAAGUUAUAAACUUUACAUUUCACUUUUUUUUUAACUUUAUUUUCUUAUUUAAUGUUUGUUAUAGUUAAUAUUUUGUAACCUUCAUCAUAUACUAUUUUUUUGUUUAAUGGUAUGGUAUCGUUAAAUACGCUAGAUAUUCUCUGAAUAUUACAACACAUUGAGGAGUGUUGGAGUUUAUUUAGAUCUGUUAAGAAAAUGUAAGUUAUUCUUCCAUUGAAUUUCAAAAUAUUACACAGUGAAAAAUUAAUAUAUAACAGUAAAAUAUAUUUUUACAUAAUAAUUGUAACAAUAAUUAGAAAUCAGUAUUGAUAGCAAAAACAAAAUAGUAAAAAAAUUAAUUGAUAGUAAAUAAAUUACCCAUUUCUU